AGACAUAGCGGCGCGAUACCACGCGACACCACGCCGCGUCGUUCCUCGCGUGAUUUUCCGCAUCACGCGGCAGCCGCGAGCGGACUCAGGCCUCGGAAAGGCAGUAUCAUCGCGAGGGAGAGCUUUUUUCCUCUUCAACCCCUUUCCCGUCGUUUUGCUCUAACUCGUUUCAUCUUCUUCCCCCGCUCACCUGUCCGCCCUCCUACCCUCUCUCAUCCUUUCCUAUUUUCUCUUUCCGCGUCUCCACAACGUUACGGAGGCGCGAGGCGGAAUCGCGUGAUCGGCGGCCUCGCGAGCGACGAGUAAAUCGCGUUAUCGCGUCGGGCAAAGGGCGCGAGACAUGAGAAUUAUGCCGUCCUCGCUACGCGUGGUGAUGAGAUCAUGUGGUCGCGCUCGGCUCCGGAACAGGCAGUGACAUUUCGAGCGCACGUUCCGGAACGGUACACGUACACGCAGCCCGGAACGCCGCCGCCGUCGCCACCACCGCUGCCGCCGCCACCGCCACCGCCACCGCCUACCUCCUUCCGCCCGCUGCCGUCGCCGUUAAAAUGAUCGAACUGGCGACCGGAUUCGCUCUGACACCCGCGGCGCGGACCGUCGCCGUUCGCGAAGUGGCAAACGCGACGGGGAUGAAGGGGUGGUCUCAUCGCUGUGCGUGAUCCGAUUUCGUGACCUUGUACAUUACGUGUACGCGAGCGAGCGAGCGAGAGGAGAGGGUGAGAGUGCGCGCGCGCGCGCGCAAAAGAGAGAGAGAGAGAGAGAGAGAGCGAGGUCAACGAGGGACGAGGGUUGGCGAGUUUGCGAUAUAUAGUGAAGUACGGGCGGUAGAUAGAUGUGCACGAGAUCGGUACGCAAGAAGAGCGAGAGGCGGUGAUCCGAGGACGGUGAUGACCUAUGGACGAUGCGCGAGGAUCGUUAAAUCGACGGGUGCCGAACUGGUUCGUCCCUGGUCCCCGGCUACGACGAUCGAUCAUCGCCAAUCGCGUGAAAUUACCGCGGAGAAACUCACCACCGCGGAAGACCACGCGUCGAGAGAACGCGGCGAGGGUGGUAGCGAAGGAGAAGAGGAAGAGGGGAGAGAGGAUUUUUUUGAGAAAUAUCGUUGUCUAGAAUCGCGUUGAAAUAAUGUUUCUGCUUAUCGACGACAGGCUGCUAAGCUUCGGGCUACUGUUUCUGUUGUGGAUAGGCUCGAGUCGUCAACAAGAGGAGGACAUACCUCACAAUGAAGUGAAAAACUGGGCCUUAAAGUUCGGCGUGGAUCUAUGGGAGUUUGGUAAACAAGUAACCAAAAUGAGCGAGAUACAAAGGAAAUAUCAUGAAGUGGAAGCCAACGUCAUAAAAAGGGAUGGUCUCGUCCUCGUUCGCGAGAUGGCCAUGGAGGUGAAAAACAUGAUGGACUUUAAAAUGAAUGCCGUGAUGAGAUUAGUGGAGAGCGCCGAACAGGCCGCGGUAUCGGCACCGAGGGAUGGAAACGUAUCGCCUAAGUAUUACGCCUCACAUCGGCUUAAUAGCUUCAUCAGCGAUGAGAAGGGUCCCGCGCAGGACGUGUUUCUCACUACGAAUCGCCAUUUCGACCACCUAGCAGUGAACGUCAGUUUGUCUGCCGUGCUUCUGCCGAGCGGAGUCAAAGACAACGAACGUGACGUUGCCUCAGGUAUUCAAUGGAGCGAGUACUUGGAUCUGCUGUUUGUUAAUAAUUACGAGAGUGACCCUACGCUCUCGUGGCAAUAUUAUGGAGCGACGACAGGAUUUUUACGUCGUUUUCCAGCAAUAUCAUGGCCGCCAAUGGAGGGUACAUUUGGGGCAUCCAAGUCCUCGCAUCAUCGGGCCGUUCGCGACGUGUACGACUUCAGGAUGUCGAAUUGGUUCGUUGGGGCGGCAAACAGCCCGAAGGAUCUAGCGAUCCUGAUCGACAGUGCGACCUAUACGUCUGAUCGGAAUCGACGAUUGACGAUAGCCACAGCAAAGAUCGUCCUGGACACUCUGGGGCCGGAUGAUUACGUGAAUGUAUAUCGCUACGGGGAGAACGCCGAAGAGAUCGUGCAAUGCUUUAAGGAUAGCCUGGUGCAGGCGUCGCCCGAGAACGUUCACGAGAUGAAGGUGGCCUUGAGCACCGUGAAACACGAAGACACCGCGACCAACAUUUCGGCCGCGCUCAGCACCGCAUUCGAGAUCCUUCACAAGUACAAUCGCACCAGCCAGGGGAGCCAGUGCAACCAGGCUAUCAUGCUGAUCACCUCCGAUACCGACGGCCCACCCACAGAAGUGAUAAAGCGUUACAAUUGGCCGCAUAUGCCCGUGCGGCUCUUUACUUAUCUCAUCGGUGGCGACAAGAGCCCCGAUCUCCAAAACACGGCCUGCACCAAUAAAGGAUUUUACGCGAGAAUAACGAACGCGGACGAAAUCCAUAAUAAAGUUUUCGAGUACGUGAAGGUUUUAGCGCGGCCUAUGGUACUCUAUCAGCAUGACCAUCCCCUUCACUGGAGUCCCGCUUACGUAGGUGGAAAAAGCAGUAGAUACGGCAGAGAAAAUCGGGGCCAAUUGAUGACGUCUGUGACAGCUCCGAUUUUAGAUCGCCGGAAUUAUACGGUGAAAACGGCUAAUUUAUUGGGUAUUGUCGGUACCGAUGUACCUGUCGAGGAGAUUCAGAAACUCGUGCCGCCUUACAAGUUAGGAGUUAAUGGAUAUUCGUUUAUUGUUGACAAUAAUGGCAGAGUUCUGUAUCAUCCUGACCUGCGGCUUCUCCCUGGAAACACAGAAUACGAUGAAACGUUGAAACCUUCGUAUAUAAGUGUAGAUCUAUCGGAAGUUGAACUCGCAGAAUACGAUGGCCCUUCGGCUCCCCCGAACAACUCGCUUCUGCUCGAUCUGAGACGCGACAUGAUCGAUCAAAAAGAAGGAGAAACGGACUUUACAAUCAAAAUACAUUAUGAUGAUAUGAAAAGAGUUACGAUUAGACGGCAUAACUAUUUUUACAAGCCGAUCGAGGGUACCCCGUUUUCUUUAGGCUUGGCCCUACCGGAAGGCUACGGCAUGUUCGAAUUACGGGCUGAGCAAGAAAUCAAGCUCGCCAUCGUAAAUGUAACGGAGUAUUUCAAGGGAGGCAACUGGAAAGUGCAUCCCGAUUGGAUUUACUGCGAAUAUAAUUCGGCUUCCGAUAAGUUCUUUUCCUCCCCGGAGGAACGCGUCCUGCACUUCCUGGCACGGACGCGCCGACCGGGAUGGAAAUGGAUGUCCUUGAGAGCAAGGAGUCCCAGCUCGCAUCACAAACAGGCGAGCAAGCCGGAUAAAGAUUCUUAUUAUUGUGACAAAAAAUUAGUGCAAUCACUGGUCUUAGAUGCUUUGGUGACGGACGGAUUCGAUAAAAGGGAAACGCAGAGGAUGCAUAAAGAGGAGAACGAAAACCCUAUUGCCAUACUGAUGGCUCUACUGCACAGUCAGGGCAAGGGUAGAUUUGGCGUUACGAGGAGCUUCAUUGCCACCAGAAGCGGACUCCUGCGCUGGCACGAGCAUCUGCAGAGUGAAGGAAACACCGAAGAACCACGAUUCGCUGAAAGGCACGCGAGAGCCAUGGAUUCGUCGUGGUACAAACGCGCAGUGGAUCAACACUCCAUAGAACCGGAAAGCUUCGUCUUCAGCGUACCGUUUGACGCGGCCGAUACAGCCGAUCCACUUGUUACCGCCACUCAUGCCAUAUUCAUCGGGAAGGGUCACAAAGCACCAGCAGCGGUAGUGGGUUUGCAAUUUCAACACUCGUCCUUGGCGACUCACUUCGUGAACAUCACUUCGACGUGUACCGGUAUGACGGGAUGUAAAAAGAAUUGCGCCUCGGAGGAACUUGACUGUUACAUUCUUGAUAACAAUGGAUUUAUUAUCAUAAGCGAACGUCACGAGCACACCGGAAAGUUCUUCGGCGAGAUAGAUGGAACUAUAAUGGAUUCCUUAGUACAAGAUAGGAUAUAUAGAAAAGUGACCGUCAUCGAUUAUCAAGGGACUUGCAGCCCUCAGGAAUCUAAUCAGUCAUCGGCGCCGCGAAGUCUAUCUGAUUCUAUCAUAACGACGGCAGCGGCAUUCGGCAACUUUCUUUGGACUUUGACUUUGAGUCUCAAUAUUCAAGAUUUAUGGCAGACGACAUUGGCGUUGGCUAACGACGUGAUGGACGAUGAUCUAGUGUUCUCUGACGACGAGGAGACGCACGAGUUCGAGUCGCUGACGCCUGCCGACUCGACGGACGAGGUAACGUCGGAUGAGAACAAUGUGUACGUGAGAUUUCCGGUGAUCGCACCAGCGACACCGGCCUCGCCGCCGACCACACGGGCUACUUCUGCUCAUUAUCCGAUGAAAUUGCGCGCCUGCGAGAAGAAAACGGAUUUGUAUAUCCUGCAACCCGAGCGACUCAACACCAGCGGCCAGAGCAACCCUCUAAAAGGAAAACUCACCAAUUGUCACGUAACCGGAUGUGAAAGACCGUUUAGUGUCCAAAAGAUCCGUCACACCAACCUGAUAUUGCUGGUGGUCGACACGUUGUGCCCGUGCGGCAGUAAGCAGCUAAGCAUCGAGCCAAUCGAGGCGCUAACCGAGCCUGGGGCGUGUACGGCACGGAGAGAACGCCUGUAUCGACGAAGACCACCGAAAUGCAUAAAUUAUCACCCCGAGGAGAUGGAGAUCAAAUUUUGCGGUAGCGCCGGCCGUCUCUUUAACUACUCGUUGAGUCUUAUGUCUCUCUUAUUCGUCAUCACAGUGCGGCUUACGUGACUCUGUCGGGAUUAAUUAAUUGCGCGUGUCCAAGCGCGUGCACGUAAACCACAUAAAGCAUACACAUACAUACUCAUACAUGUGUUUACAAAUUACCUUUUUAAAAUGGAUUUAGCGUUGUCGUUUCUAUGGAACAGUUAUAAAGAGGAAAAAAUAAGAAGAGAGGAGCAGUGUACUAGGUUCGCGAAUUGUCACUACUUGACACAAGAAUGAUGAAAUAUAUACAUAUACACACAUACAUAC